AUGGCUCUUCCGGACUGCUUCGUCCUCUUUUCCCGCUGCCAGAAUGGUGAUCGCACGUUCUGCCUCUUCGCCGUCCUCUUGGUUCUUUCCGUGAUCCUUGUGUCCCUCGUCGUCUGCAGGUCCAGAAUCCCGCUCUCCUCUUCCGACACCAUCCAGACCAGCACGGCAGAUAAGGCCUGUGCGACUCGUCGGCAUACUGGGAUGACAUCCCAUAAUCCUGAGAAACAAAGAGUACUGCACAAUCAGCAUGCGAGGUCGCUCCGUGACAAGCUCCGGCCCUGGACGACCCCGGUGAAGCUGCUUAUAUAUUUCAGCGUCCUCUUUAUCGCCCUGGCGAUCGCUCUCUCCUUGUUCCUUACCGACCCGGGGGAGGCAGAGGAAGACACAGACGGCCGCGAGGAGGCCGCCCGGUCGCUGAAAGAUGUCGAUCAUGUCAUCAUCUUCAUGCAAGAAAACCGAUCAUGGAAUACGUACUUUGGAACAAUGGCGGGCACGAGAGGGUUCCAGGAUCCAAAUGUCCAGGUCAACCCUGACGGCUUGCCUGUUUGGUUCCAGAAAGUCGAUUCCGAUCAAUCCACCGAUACCAAGACCCUCCUCCCAUGGCAUCUGGGAUAUCUCGGAGGAAACUGGUCUGAGGCCAUCCAGUGUAUGGCUGCCGGGAGUAACGGCUACCGCGCAAACCAAGCAGCCCUGAACUACGGGCUAAACAACCAGUGGGUGACAGAUAACACCCCAUGGAGCUGGGGAUACCUGAAAAGGGAUGACAUUCCGGUUCAAUUUGCUCUUGCCGAAGAAUGGACGGUGGCAGAUAUGUAUCAACAAUCACAAAUAACGUCAACGAACCCUAAUCGUGUCAUGCUGGUGAGCGGUUCCAUCAACGCUCCUGGCAGCCCACAGAGCCCGGACGAAGGAGGAGUAUAUCUAGACAACACCGAAACUCCGGGUUGUGAAAAGCCCAAUGUAAACUGCUACCCCCUGAAAUGGAAAACCAUCUUCGAGCUCUACGAAGACGCCGGAGUAUCCUGGCAAGUCUACCAGGGCGAAGACAACUUUGACGAUAACCCCCUUGCUUGGUUCGAGCAAUACCAGAAUGCACGGCCUGGUACACCCUUGGCGGACAAGGGCAUGGCCUUUCUCGGGCUGGACAAAUUUUACAAAGAUGCCGCAAAGGGAACAUUGCCACAGAUCAGCUUUAUCGUAGGGCCGAGAGAGCUGUCCGAGCAUGCGCCGUAUUCGCCCAAGGAUGGUGCGUGGCUGCAGGAGAAGGUCGUCGAGGCCGUGACCAAGAGCCCAAAGUACGGUAAGAGCGUGCUGAUGAUCAGUUUUGACGAAUCUGGUGGAUGGGGCGACCACGUUCCGCCAUACCACUCGCCGACAGACACGCCAGGAGAAUGGAUCGAUGACUACUUGGGAGUCUUUGGAAGAAUUUUCACCGGUCCUGGCUUCCGCGUGCCGUUCUACAUCAUCUCCCCCUGGACCCGUGGCGGUCGAGUCCUCACCGAGCACUCAGAUCACACUUCACAGAUUCUCUUCAUCGAAGAAUGGCUCACUGCCAAGGGCAUCGAGAACAUCAAAUCGCCCGAGGUGGUCCCCUGGCGAAGAGAACACAUGUCGAAUCUCGUCAACGCAUUUGAUUUUGAAAACCCCAACCUCUCCCUCCCUAACCUCCCCAAAGCCGAACUCCCCCACCGCGAUGAAUCCGGAAACUGGGACGGCAGCGCGUACUGCGAAUCCCUCUACCCGGAGACCCGCCCUCCGGUGCCCUACGACUCUCAACCCGAUCGCAUGCCCACCGACCUCGUCGAAGAAGGUUACAAGGAAUGCAUCGGCACCCUCACCGAGGGCCGCUUCCUCGUCUUUUCCACCACCGAACAAUCACGCCUCCUCCUGCACUCCAACCCCGACGACCUCACCACCACCGACGCCACCAAUGCUGAUCCCGAUUCCGAUUCCGAUCCCGAUCCUGACCUCGACUAUAACAGCUUAUAUCGCAACUCUGACGCCCGCUGGGUCCUCCACUACUACAACAACAAUUCCACCUCCUCCACGGACGUCAACACUACCGCCAUCAACCAGGACCCUCCAUAUCUCCUAUCUAGCGGCAACCGACGCGUCUGGCUGGGCGAGGAGGGCAAGCUCGUCCCACGCCGUGACGCGGUCGCCAUAGAUAUCGAUUUCGUGCGCGGCGAAGGGGAGGACAAGGGCAGGGGUUAUUACAUCAAGUACCACGAUCGAGACGACGGGUAUAUAUCCGUUAAUGAGGAUGGGGGUGUGCGUGUUGGCGAAGAGAAGACGAAGUUCAAGGUGUUGAGCGUGACGUAUCAUGAUUGAACAUACAAAAGAAAAAGAGGAAUAUGCAUGGGCUGGCUCCAUACGAUCGUUUUACGGAGUAUAUAUAUUGACGAAUGUUUCACGACGACUGGGGUUCCUGGGAAGGGUUAUUUUGUGUGGGAAUGGAGACAAGGUAGUAGGGCGCAUAAUUGGGGGUCAACCGGGGGCCACUUAUGGGCAAGGCUGCAAAUGGAUAGAGGAUAUUUGCUGAUUAUUUAUUAUCAUACAUUCUUUUUUCUUCCCCAUCAAGAAGGGAAGAUAAAAUUCCAGCACGGCUAAAACCUAUUCAGGCAUAGUUGAGACUAUAAAAA